AUGGAUAGAAUAGAAUUGUCCAUAGAAAAGGAGAUUGGAGGCAUGAAUUCCAGGCUACAAAAGCAUUAUGCAGAAUUGAAGGAGAAGAUAGAAAGACUUGAAGAAGAGACAAGGAAAAUUAAAGAAACAAGGAGAUUCAACAACUCGCUCAUCGAAAAAGAAAGAGAGUUACAAAAAACCAAGGAGCAAGACCCUUAUUCUCAAUACACAAUCCAAAACAUCAGUUCUGAUGAUUCAAUUCCUUCUUCUGAUGAAGAAUCAGUAGAAUCCUUUGAAGAAAACACUGAAACAGAAGAAGCAGAAGUGAACCAUACUUUUAUGGCAAAUGAUACAGAGCAGCCUUUUGCUGAAAGAACGAGACUACAUAAUCAAGAAGUCAACACUCCACAUCCAACCAACAACAUGUCUUUACAAAACCACCAGAUAUCUCCAAAACAAAAUUGGUUCAACCCAGAUACUCCUUUUCUGAAUAUCUUUGCUAUUCUUAUGGGAGAAGAAUUCACAGAAGAAGAUCAAUGGCCAUAUUUUGCACAUCCAGAAUCACAUGAACUAUGGACGCAAAAUCAAGUCAGAAUUUGGUCAACAUUUCCAAGGUUAAAGAUUUUUACUCAACAGGAUCAACCUUCGUUCUAUCAAAGUGAGUUAAUCAUAGAACUGCACAGACUUAAUGGAACAUUUUCGGAGAUGAUCAACAAAAAUUCCACGUGUUCACAUCUGAAGCCCUUAGAUAUAAUCUGCAAGCCAGAUGGAGACUCUGGACCUUUCCAUGAUCAAGAAGAAAGGGUGAUGCCACUUGUCAAUAUCCAAGGAAGUAAACAAAUUCACAUGGAAUCGGCAAAUAUUGAAGGACAAAUUAUCAUGAUGAAAGAAGAUAAUGAUGAAGACUUAAUGAUGGACACGGAAGACUCUGACUCAGAUGAUCCAAAUCUGUCACCAAGUCCUACAACACCCAUAACAACAGUUCAUCUGACAGGAUUUAAGAAAUUUCAUGGAGUUGCUGAGAAUCCGACCGAAACAAUUGUCAAUAAUUUGACAGAGUACAUGAAUGAAAAGGGUUUGCCAAAUGGUUUGGUUAUUGAGAGCUGCAGCAUUCUUGAAACUGCUGGUGAAGGAGCACUUGAGACACUGUACCAGAGAUUACAAUCGACCCUUCUUGCCAAGGACACUGAAUCUUGA